AUGGCUAGUCAAGCCAAGCCCAAGGCUGCUGCCACCAAGACUGCCACAAAAGGAAAGAAGGCUCCCCCCAAAAAGAGACAACCAGAGCCUGAAUCCGAAUCCGAAUCAGAAACCGAUUCCGAUGAUUAUACUUCCGAAGAAUCAGAAGAAGAGGCACCACCCCCACGUCGACCGGCAAAGCAAAAGCAAAAGCAACAAGGUGGUGGAGGCGGAGGCGGAGGCGGACCACUCGGCGGUGUCAGUGAUAUGGUUCCUUUGAACCAAGUUGGUGAUACCGUCGGAGGGGCUGCCGGCCAAGUUGGAAAUACACUUGGUAACGUCGCUGGCGGUGUCUUGGGUGGUGGUGGUGGUGAAAAGAAGGGAGACGACAAGGAAGACACACUUAGAUUACGGUUGGAUCUGAAUCUCGAGGUAGAGAUUACGUUGAAAGCGAAGAUCCAUGGUGAUCUUGAAUUGGCACUAUUGGAUACUGGUGGAUAA